GAAAACAAAAAUUCGCGUACGUCAAAUCGCAAGUGUCCGUCGCGUUUCAGGUUUCGCGAAAAAAAAUAAGGACAACCAAAGGGACAUUCAUCAUCCGACUCAAAAUCUAAAUAAAAAUAAGAAAUUUUAAUGGUUUAUCCAUAGGAUUAAAAGUGAAAUUUAUGAAAUUUACGAAACAAAAUGGGUAGAUGUGGUCCAGUAUUUUUGGCGUUUCUUUUAAGUUGUUUCGGAAUUAAUAUAUUUAUAAAAGAAAGAUCAGGAUGUGAACCCCUAAUAUCAUCACUUAUUUUUUUAACAUCAAUUAUGGUUGUCUUAUGGCAAUUACGACUUUAUCCCGCUUCCUUCAGAAAACUUUCCAUACACUUUUUAUAUGUGGUUGAGUUUUUCUUUUCUGCUUUUUUAAUGGAACACUUAAUGGUACAUUUUUGGACUCCUUUAGAGGAAAGAAUGACGGAAUUUUUACCGAAAAUAUCCGAUUUUGAAGAUGAAAUUUUAAAACAAGGAGGAUGGGCGUGUGGUGGAUUAUUCACAUUUUUACGAUGGGAUGAAACUUUGGUUGGCGCAAGUUAUUUAUUAAGUCUUUUCUUUUUAUUUGGAGCUUUACAUGGAAUAAGAGCGCUCGAUUUUAGAUUAAUAAGGUAUGGUGGUGUCUCGGUAUUUCUAACAGACGUUUGUGAUCGGGCAUAUAAAUUAAAGAGACGUAUCAUGAAGAUGUUCUUUACGAAGAGAAAGUGUCCAAACUAUCGGAGAAUUCCUAGAAACACCUUGGCGUAUCAAUCUGGUAAUAAUGGAAUUUCUCUAGACGAUUCGGAUGAUGAUUUUUGUCCAGAUGAGGAUGAAGAUUAUGAAUUUAACAAUAAAUUUAGCAAAAAAUUUUCAUAAAGAAUUUUAUCGGUUAAGAAAAUUUUAAU